AUGCCGCCCUACCGGCCGCCACACAUGCGGAAUGCGCCGCCCAUGCCCAAAUUGGUGCUGGUGAAUCGAAAUGAAACGAUUCUGACGCAGCCCUCACAAACAGAUACUGUAGCUUCAUUGAUGACGAACCUCGCAGAGGAAUUUCACGUGCCCGAAGAAUUGAUCUCCUUGCAGAGGGACGGGGCUCCUUUAACGAACAUGUCCGAGAAAUUGGCGGACUUUGGCAGCGUCAACAUCCAGGUGACGGUGCAGCAAGCAACCCAUGAACAGAUGGAGAAAUACAUCCGAUCCAAGGGCUCGGAACAUUUCCUGGGCGCCGAGCUCAAGCUCACGACACAGGAGGGCGACGAGCUGAAGGGCGAACUCUAUUGUGUGCAAGAUGGUGACAGCAGUUGCAUCUUGCGGCAGCAUCUCCCAGACGGAUGCGCCAACUAUUUCUGGCUGAAAUGGAACAUGAUCAAGAGCAUCUCUAUUGAAUCGAUGCCGGACAAGAAGCGCACAGAGUUUUGGCCAGCCGUGAACUUACAAGCGCUCGAACGACGCUGA